CCAGAGAGGCCGGAAGUGCGACGAGCUGGGGGCCGCGCUGCCCGCGCUGGCGGUGGAACGCCUCGAUCACCCCGCAUUUCCUCCCCCAGGUCUGGGGUCGAGCAGGCCCCAGAUGGACCCUGAGAAGGACGAGGAGGGGGCGCCGCAGCCUGCAGGGCCGCCCUCGAGGAAGAAGUUUGUCAUCCCGUUGGACGAGGAUGAAGUGCCUCCUCCGGGGGCCAAGCCCUUAUUCAAAUCCACGGGAAACCUUCCCACCAUGGAGACCUCAGCCCAGGGCGCCCAGCAGACCUAUGCUGAGUACGCUAUUUCCCAGCCUGCAGGAGGGGCGGCAGCCACAUGCCCCACGGGGUCAGAUUCCUUGGCAGGAGAGACCCCCAACCAGGCCCUGAAACCAGGGGCCAAAUCCAACAGCAUCAUCGUGAGCCCCCGGCAGAGGGGCAACCCUGUGCUGAAGUUUGUGCGCAACGUGCCCUGGGAGUUUGGUGAAGUGAUCCCUGACUACGUGCUGGGCCAGAGCACCUGUGCCCUCUUCCUCAGCCUCCGCUACCACAACCUGCACCCCGACUACAUCCACGAGCGGCUGCAGAGCCUGGGGAAGAACUUCGCCCUGCGCGUUCUGCUGGUCCAGGUGGAUGUGAAAGACCCUCAGCAGGCCCUCAAGGAGCUGGCUAAGAUGUGCAUCCUGGCUGAUUGCACACUGAUCCUUGCAUGGAGGAACUCCUUCGUGAGCCCUGCUGUCUCCUGGCCCCAGGGUCCUCAUCUGAUACACAGGGCCUUACUCUCUUGUAUGGUCUCAUGCACACCACCAGGUGAGCCAGGUGUGACAUGUAAGUCUGUGAUCCCAGCACUGGGGAGGCCAAGGCAGGAGGAUGGCUGCAAGUUCAAGACCAGCCUGGGCUACACAGUGAGUUCAAGGCCAGCCUGAACUACAUAGCGAGACCCUGUCUCAAAAAACUAAGAAGAAAUACUUGUUGUAUAACAAAGAUUUUAGCUGGGAAUGCUGGCACAUGCCUUUGGUCCCAACUACUGAGGAGGCUGGGGCAGGAAAAGUGCUUGAGUGUAAUUUAUUUUUUUCCAGUACCAGGGAUCGAACUUAGGACCAUGCGCUUGCCAGGAAGGCACAGCACCACUGAGCUACAUCUCCAGCCCAAGUAGUUUUUUUUUUUUUUGGUACUGGGGAUCCACGCAGAGCCCAAGUAGUUUUUUGAGACCAAACUGGGAAACACAGUGAGACUCUAUUUAAAAUAAACAAACUUGCCAGGCAUGGUGGCACACACCUGUAAUCCCAGCACUCGGGAGGCUGAGGCAGGACAAUCACAGGGAGUUGGAAGCCAGCCUGGGUUACACAGUAAGACCCUGUCUCAAAAAACCAAAACAAAACCUCAGAAGGGCUGGGUAUUUAGCUCAGGGGUUUUGCCGCCUGCUGUGCAAGUACCAGGACCCGAGUUCCAUCCCCGGUACCAAAAAAAAAAAACCAACCUCAGAAAAGUUCCACUUUUCUCACUGGUGGGCAGCUGGGUGUCUCAGGAGGUUGUCUUCCUGGUGCAGUCUGAAAAAUGAGAAGUGUUCUGGUUUUCUUCUCUCUCAAAUGCAGCGCAGGUGCUGGGACCAAGAGCCCAGAUGUCCCUUCCGAGAUAGCCAGCAUUUCCUAGACAGGCUGCUGAGCCCCGGGUUCUGGUACUGGCAGCACUGACCCAUUCAGUUUGUUUCAAGACAGGGUCUUGUUAUGUCAUCCAGGCUGGCCUCCAACUUGUGGGGAUUCUCCUGCCUCAGCAUCCCAAGUGCUGGGAUUAUAGGCGCCACCACCACGCCUGGCCCCAUUUAAUCUUCACAGUUCUACCACUGCCCACUUUUCAGAUAAGGAAACUGAGGCCCACAGAGAUCCAAUCACUGGCCCCAGGUCACCCAGGGGGAACUGGGUUGGGGCCUGAACCAGAAACCCCAAGAACUUCCACGUCCCCGUGUUGGAGCCCGGGGUUGCUGGCCUCAGCAUCACGACCACCAGGAAGUGAAUCUGUGACAUGGCAGUCCCCAACUG